CAACCGUUGCUAUUGAGUAUUGUUUGCAUUUGGCAUUUUUUAGCGUGUUUCACUCAGUUGUCAAAUCAGCUGGCUCUUGAGUAACGUUUGUUUUUGGCAUUUUUUAGUAUUAUUAUUAUCGGCAAACCGAUAACAGUCCGAUAAACACAUUUGCUCCGAAAGCAGUUGAAGAUGCACACAGAUUUGGCAUCACAUUUACACACGCCGGCCUGCAAUAAAUUAAUCGAGGAACUCAAAGCCUGUCACGAAAAUCACGCCUUUGCCAAGUUUAUUGGCAUUUGCAACACGAUCGACGACCAGGUGGUCAAGUGCCUGAAAUCCGAGCGUAUUGCACGCUCCGCUGCGAAUCGCGCCAAGGCCCGUGAACGUCAGGCCAGGUACAAGGAGAAACUGCAGCAGGGCGAAGCCAACUAAAACGAUAUGGCAACGCUUGAAG